CUGUGCUCAUUUAAUGGUGUUAAUAGACUAGUGCUCAGCUGUGCUAGGCUUUGGAGGAGUGAGUGCUUACCAGAUCUGCUGAGCUGCUGCAGCCUGCCUUUGGGUUGUUUCUUUCCACUGCCUCUCCCUGUCUGAGAGGCCCUCCCACCCCAUUCUAAAGAGAUCCAAGCCGUGGCCUCCCUCGACCCCUUGGAGACCCUGCGAAUGGACACGACCUGUUCCAUCUGCCUGGAGUACCUGAUGGACCCAGUCACGAUUAGUUGUGGCCAUAGCUCCUGCAGGACCUGCAUCAGCCGCUGUUGGGAGCCUGGGACACAGGAUCACCUCUGCCCUGUAUGCUGGGAGCUCUGUGCCCAGCAUGUCGUGGUGCGCAACCGGCAACUAGCCAGUGUGGUGGUGAUCACCAAGCAGCUGCACUCAGGCAAAUGUGAGGUAAAGGAUGAGCCCCUUUGCCCCUGGCACCAUGAGGGGCUCCACUUCUUCUGCAAAGAGGACCAGGAGGCCGUGUGCCUGGUGUGUGCAGUCUCCCGUGGCCACAGUGUGGGGCCCCUGGAGGAUGCUGUCGCAGAAUACAAGUCCAAACUGCAGGAUUGCCAGCUGCAGCUGGAUGUGAAAUUGCAGAAGGUGAAUAAUUACAUCUCUGCCAAGGAGAAAAGGCCCAAGGAACUGAGGGAGUUGGUGAAGAGCUGCCACCAGCACAUCAUCUCUGAGCUCAAGGAGCUCCUUUUGGAGGAGGAGAAGGAGAUGCAGCUGUGGCGGCUGAAAGCAGAGGAGGAAGAGAUCCUGGAGAAGUUGAAGGACCAUAUGGCCCUGCUCUCAGAGAAGCGCCUCUCCCUCAGCAAACUCAUCACUGACAUGGAGAAGUGUCUGGAAUUGGGUCCAGAGAUGCGGAAGAUGAGCAACGGGUCUUUUCCCAAUCCCUUCUGUCUAGGGGAUAUGACUCUGGAUCCAGAGACUGCUCACCCCAACCUGGUGCUCUCAAAGAGUGUGCACUUCAUCAAUGUCUCCCAGGUGCUUCCCGACACCCUGUGGCGCUUUGUCAUCUACCCCUGCGUGCUAGGCUCGGCCUCCUACAUCUCAGGCUGGCACUACUGGGAGGUGGAUGUGGGCAACAAGAGCCAGUGGGUCCUGGGUAUGUGUUAUGAGUCAGUCAGCCCCAAGGCCAAGAUCGAUGCCAAGCCGGACACUGGCUACUGGCGAGUGCGGCUGUGGAAUGGGAAGUAUACGGCCACCACUACUCCCUUCACGCUGCUGUGCCUGCGAGUCAAAGCCAAGCGGGUUGGGGUGUUCCUGGAUGAGGCAGGGAAGGUCUCCUUCUAUAAUGUGACAGACCAUUCUCACAUCUACACCUUCAGCGUUGAGUUUGCAGAGAAUGUCUGCCCUCUCUUCUACCCAGGGAUCCGUUUUGGACAUGUUAAUACUGCCCAGCCUUGUAAUUUGCCAGCCCUUGGACUGGGACUAAGCUGUGUCCUCUCCCUUCUCUUCCUCCACCAGCCCUUGGCCUGGAAGUGACUGUCACCAGUGCCAGCAGCCAGACCCUGAUUUGACAGAAGAGCCUUUUCUUAUCCCUGUCAUGACCCUAUAAGUGACACUCAUGUGCCCUAAACUUUGUCCCUGGCCCCCUACAGUGCUGUAAUCAGACCCCCAGGGGCAGGGAUGCUGACCUUGCUUUGAUGGGCAUGUUCAAUCUUUUUUAUGUUCUCCUCCUUGUUGGCAAAUCGAAGCUGACCAAGUUAGCCAAGUUGCACCUGCUUUCCGAUACCACUAAUCACAAAAAUCAAGAUUUUUUUUUCCAAGAGUAUCUCAUUUGUGCUUUAGCAGAAACUCUGCUACAUAGGCCAUUCCUCUCUCUCCCCCGUGGUAUAUUAUUUCCUCCAAGACCUAUCUCAAGCGCUGUGUAAGUUAAACAGCAAUUGUGGGGAGGGGAGAUCAGUAAAUGUUGAAGGUAGCACUUUGGACUCAAGUGAUCAAGAUUGUGAGAUGGGUUCUGAGCUCUUAUCUCCUGUGCUCCAGCCUGUUUUCUUUUUCUGUCCAUUUGUCUAGUUAUAACUGGUGCUCAUUGUCUGUCUGUUUGUCUGAUCAUUUUGCAAUAAAUUAUUUUGGGUUU